CUGAUGGAGGAGGAGAAGAACAGACUGAUGGAGGAGGAGAAGAACAGACUGAGACUGCAGCUGCUCAGACAAGCGCUGAUGAAGGACGAGGAAGACGAGGAGCGCCGGAUGAAGGAGGAGAGCGCCGAGCAGCUGAGGGUUUUGAAGGAACAGAUACUUAAAAACAGACGAGACGAGGAGGAGCGAUUAAACAACGACACGCACACACAACUACAAAAGCUAAGAUCUGAGAAUGAGGUGAGACUCCAGGAGCUGCGCUCAGAGCUGGAGGCGGAGCAGGAGAGGGCGGAGACUCAGAGGAGGCGGGGUCUCGAGCGCCUGAGGGAGGAGUUAGAGGAGGAGCUCCAGGCAGAGAGGAGGCGGCUACAGGAGAAGAAGGAGGAGCAGCUGACCUCCAUCAGAACACAGGCUAAACUGAGUGACUCUCAGAAGAAUUCAAGGAGUCCACGACCAGAACAACCUUUAGCCGAGUACCAGAGAGAGCUCACAGGUGUCCUGCAGGAAGUUCGUGAGGAAGUUGAGAGAGAUCACAGGAAGAAACUAGAACAACUGAAGGAGGAACAUCGACAUGAACUACAGAACCUCAGAGAAACACACCUGGAGCGGGAGAGCAGGGAGAGAGAACGUCUGCUGAACUCUCUUCAGGAGGAGAGAGACACUCUAAUGUCUACACACACAACACAACUACACAAACUACAGCACACACUGGACACACAACUGCAGGAGAUGCGCAGGACACACUCACUGAAGGAGACAGCGUUACAGGAGUGGAUGGAGAAGCUGGAAGUACAAACCAAAGAACUUCAAACUCAAGAGGCAGAACUUCAGUCAAAGGCAUCAGAAUUGAAGAAGAGCAGACAGCAGCUGUGUGAGGAAGAGGAGGAUAUUCAGAGAGGAUUAGAGUCUCUCCCUCGGCUGCUGAAGGAGCGGGACGAGCUCCACGAGGAGCUGCAGCGGAUGAGAGCAGAUCUUCAGAGAGAGAGACAGGAGAGAGAGAGACAGAGAGAGGAGAACAGCAGGAUGAUGGAGGAGAGACACCAGCUGGAGACGAGGGUCACACUCCUGCAGGACAGAUGUGAACAGCUCAGCUCCAGAGUCAGUGAGCUGGAGCAGAGCGGCAGAGCGGAGAGAGAGGAAGAGCAGCAGAAGAAGAGCAGGAGGAAGAGCGAGAGCGGCCUGCGCUUGGAGGACCUCGAGGCAUCAGUGCUGCGCUCAGGAGACGCCAGCGACAGCAGCGUAGACCAGUACGUUGUGAGGCAGUAUAUGUGGAAUGAGAGCGUGUCUCUCCUCAGGGCUCGGCAGUUUCUGGAGCGGCAGAGCGUUCAGGUGUCGGACCGACAGGCAGCGCUGCGGGCAGCUCACAGCAGUCUGAAGGACCCCUCGCCUGGGACCUCCACACAGCAGCUCUACCACAACCUGCAGCAGGAGGUGAGGGAUCUAGCCGAGCUGAGGGAGACGCUUUACAAGGGUCAAACGCUACUGAAAGAAAAAGAGGAAAAACUUAACCAGCUCGAAACUUCACUGACUGAAGAGGUGUCAUGUGAGGACGCUGAGAGGUCAGCUGAUCGGAAAGUGACGUUUGAUGUCACUGAGUCAGAGAUGAGCAGCAUCUACAGCCCGGAGGGAACAGUUCCAGUGAAGGUGCAGCAGUUGGCCGACUCUCUGCAGCUGAUCUCAGGUCAGCUCAAUUCUGUGUUAGGAGCUUUGGGUUCACUGACCCACAAACAGGCCCCGCCCACUCUGACCACACCUCUACCACCCCGUCCCUCGUGGGCGUGGCCUGUAAACUCCUCCCCCUCGCUGUCCAACGGGCUCACACACAGACCCACAGACUCGCUGCAGAACCGCUGGUCGGAAACCAGCAGAGCUCACAUGACCUACUCAGGAUACACACCGCCAAGUCUGUCAAGUCUGCGUCCAUCAGCAGAGGUGGACGGUCAGCGGCUGCAGGGUCUGAUUGAAGGAAACAAACGCUGGCUGGAAGCUCAACGGAAGAACCGCAACAUUCCUCUCUUCCCAAACCUCAGGACCGGGUCCAGCAGCGCUGGGUUAGUUCAGCUCAGCCUGGACGACAACAACCAGAUUAAAGUCCAUCAUUACUGAAGCAGCUCGAAUACACACAC